UUCACUUUUGAUAAUUUGCGGAAGUGUUGCCUAAAUUACCUGAAUAUAUCUAAUUUGAAGGAUUCACUUAAAUGUAAACUUUCUAAAUAUUUGUCACGAUAACUUGUGAGUUAGGCGGAUACAGCUUGAGAGAAAGACAAAACGAAUUAGCGCAUUAAAAAAAAGUAAUGCAAUAAACUCGCUCGUUAAGAAAAUCUCUAUUUGAGACGGCAGUAAUAAUUAUACUGAGAAGUAAUAUUUAUCGCCAUUUAAACGUGAGUGUCCUUAGAACAGACGAUACUGCUGUUGUUCAGUGCGCUUUGCACUCGAUAUAUAUUGCAGAGAGCGAACUACCAACUAAUCUGGUUCGAAGAUUCUUACACCGAUGACAUAACAACAAAAUUAAUUAUGAGUCCCUUUGAUCCACAGCUCAAGACAUACAGUGUCUCCAUUGCUCUGAUCAGCAAUACUGAGUUGUCCUAAUUAUCAUAAAGAGAAUGGGAUUUUAUGUAAGCUUGUUCAGGGUGAUAUUGAAUGGAUUAAACAAUGUUUUACACAAAAUUCAAAUAUGAUUCAUCAAAACAAUGCAUGUUGUCUAAGUUACCUGUCUAUUGCAUGUCGACUGGGUGACAUAGCUAUAGUGAAAGUGCUGAUAGAAAAUGGAGCUCAAGAGAAUGUAAAUGCAGGUGAUGAUAAAGGCCUUACACCUUUACAUUAUGCUGUGCUUGGCAACCAUCUUGAGGUGAUGAGGUUAAUGCUGGACUAUGGGGCUAAUGUCAAUACACAAAAUAAUGAAGGUCAUAGUCCACUACAUCUGGCCAUUAUUAAGAACUAUAUAAAUCUGGUUAAGCCGUUACUUGAAGCUGCAGGAGACAGUGUUAAGCUUGCACUAGGCACAUCUUAUGGAGUUUCUACCUAUGCCUUUUCUACUGAAGAAGAAAAAGAAGAAGAAAAUGAAGAAUACUGUAUUAAUGAACAAUAUGGUAAUGUUACAAACCUUUUGGAUCUUGCCUGUCAUAGUAAUAAUUUUGACAUAGUCAAGUUGUUACUGAAGUUUUGUGUGGUAGAGGUGGGUUAUGACACAGCUCUUCAUCUGGCAUGUUGUAUUGGGCACAUUAACUCAGUAAAGUUGAUUUUACAGUCUGGACAAGACAGCAAUGUUGUCAGUAAGAAUGGUUUCACAGCACUUCACAUAGCCUGCGAUAGAGGAUUUGCUGAUAUAAUACCCUUGUUAAUACAGUCCAAAUCUGACAUUAAUAAGGUCAGUACCAGUGGUGACACAGCUCUUCACAUAGCUUGCAGUAAAAAAAUUGUUGAAGUAGUAAAGUUGUUAGUAAAGUUUAAUGCUGAUGCUAAUAUUGUCAACCGCCAUGGUUACACAGCACUUCACAUAGCCUGUGAUAAUGAAUCUACUGAGAUAAUAAAGUUGUUAAUUGAUUCCAAAUCUGAUGUUAAUAUGGUCAACACUACCGGUUAUACAGCACUCCACACAACCUGCAAUAAAGGAUUUAUUGAUAUAGCAAAGCUGUUAAUACAGUCUGGAGCUGACAUUAAUAUGAAGGAUAAAUAUAACGAAACAUCUCUACAUUGUGCAGUUCUACAGCAACACUAUGAUGUGGUGAAACUGAUACUCUCCCAGGCUGAAGUGAAAUUUGAUAUUUGUAACACUCAUAAUCAGACACCAUUCCUCCAGGCCAUUUCUAAGGGUAACCUUGGAAUCACUCAGAUGUUAUUAUUAAAAGGAGCAGAUGUCGACGCUAUAAAUAAAGAUGGUGACAAUUGUUUGCAUGUUGCAUUGAGGGAGAAAAUGUUUCACUCUGAAAGUGAACAUCUUGAAAUUUUAGAUGAGAUUUCCUAUCAGCUCAAAGAAAACAGAUUAUCCAGUAUAGUUGUAGCUGUAUAUCUGGCAAAACAAGGAGCAAACUUCUAUCAUAAAAACAAAAACAACACCACACCACUUGACAUCAUUAACAAUUCGGAUUUGAAAAACAGACUGGAACUAUAUCUUGCAAAAUUGUAUGAGUGUUUUAUAUGUGGAGAUAAUCUGGUCUCUAUAAAAUUCCACCCCUGCAGACAUAGGAUAGUAUGUGAAGAAUGUUGCUCUAAGAUAGAGAUUAAAAAAUGUAAUCGAUGCAAACAGACUGUGAUUAGCAAAACUAGGUUUGAUGGGUCUGAAUUUAAAACCGUAAAUUCACCUCAGGAGUUCAACAACAAACAACUCAGUGAUGAAAUGUGCCUAAUAUGUAUGGAGCGUCGUCGGGAUAUGGUCUUUGAUUGUGGCCAUACCACUUGUAAAAAAUGUGGUGAAGUACUUGAUGACUGUCAUAUGUGUAGGAAACAUAUUAUGAAAAAGAUUAUCAUACAUUGAUCAGCUCCUUGCUUCAUCUCUCAGCUUUUCCACCCACUUUCUACCUUGUCAAUUAACAGAAUUAACAAACAUGUUUUUGUAUAAGUAUCUACAUAUGUAUAUAAUUAACAUAAUAUGGUAAAAAUUCGAUAUUAAUUAAUAUCAAUUUAAUACCAGGAAACUAGCACAUUAAAAGAAUCAGAAGGCUCUUGAAAAAAAUUUUUUGGACAUCCUAAAAAGAUUAUAGUACUUGUGUAUAUAACAUUGACCAGUGAUCAGUCUGUCAAAAUGCUAGAAGAAGCUCACUUAAAAAAUUUUUAAGUGAGCUUCUUCUAGCAUUUUGACAGACCGGUCACUGGUCAAUCUUAUAUACACAAGUAUGUAUAUAUAUAUAUAUAUGUGAGUAUAUAUACAUGUGUGUGUAUGUGUUUAUGUCUCUAAUAAACACUUAGUUAUUAGUUUAACAUCUAUAAUUUUUAGUUUAAACUCUAGCAUCAUUGAGAUAAGUAUUGCUUUUAUCUUCGUUAAUAUUGUUAAAUGAUUUUCUAUCAUUGAUUGGAAAAAUAUGUAUUUUUAUAUUAAUUCAAUGGAUAUUUUAAUGUUAGCCGAUACCUUAUUUAAAACUAAGUUAAUAGUAUAAAGUUUAUCAUUUUAGUUUAAACCAAAACUUCGAUUAAAUUAGUGUUGCAUUUUCUCCAAUAAUGUUUAAUAUUUCUUUUUGAUUUAUGGGAUAAAUAAGUAGUUUUUUUUAUAUAAUUUCUUUGAUUAUUAGUUAAUAUUAUAAUUAAGGUUAAGUUAAUAGUACAACAUAUAAAAUUUUAUUCAAACUAAAGAUUCGAUUAGAUAAAUUUUGUAUUUCUUUUCAAUAAUUUUGUUAAAGGUAUUUUCUUUUUUUUUUUCUUUUAUUUAAUGGUGAUAUAAUUAUUUUUAUAUAAAUUAAUUUAUAUAAGUUAAUUUUUUGUUAAUUUAUAUUAAAAUUAAAGUUAUUUAUUUUACGUUUAUAAUUUUAGUUUAACCUAAACUUCGUUUAAAUUGUAUUUUAAAUGAAAAAUUCGUUAAGAUAAGAUUUGCAUUUAAUAUUUCUGUUAGUUUAUAUUCUAAUAAACGUAAAAUUAAUAAUGUCACGUUUAUAAAUUUUGAUAUGAUCAGUAUUAAAUUUCUUUUUAAUAUUAUUGUUUAACAUUUUCUGUCUUAAUGUAAUAAGUAUUUUUAUAUACAUUCAUUUGUUAUUUAUUGUUGGUUGAUAUAUACAUUCCUUUUAUUAUUAUAAUUGUUUUAUUUUGACCUCAAGAUUAGCUAUAUUUUUGAACAGAAUUGAUUUUCGAUCGAUUUAAUCGAUUUGAAUAUAUUUUAUUUUCUAUUUGAAAACUUGGUUAUGAAACACGUGUAGUCGUUUUAUUAUCAUUAUUUUAUGAUUUUUACUUUGUAUUUUAUUAUACUUAUUUAUCGUGCAUUUAUUAAUGUUUUCUAUAUGUGACUGUGGAUUUUCAUGGAUGAGUUCAUGAACUUUGGUUCUUUUCUCUAAAAUUAUAUAUAUAUAUAUAUAUUUAUUUAUGUAUUUAUGUAUUUAUGUAUGUGUUUCAGCCAAGUGGCUGCGGUCAUGCUGGUGCAAUAAUUAUAAAGAGUAUGGAGACUUGUUCAUCCUCAAAAUUUAUUUUCUCUUAUUUUACAAUUUUAUACAACAUAUCACAAUAACCUACACAUGUUUCUACUGCCUGGACUACUAACAGUUGCAGAUGCAACCUGUCACUAUUAUCAGUUCAGCUUCUUCGGGGUCUCAAGAAGCUUUGACCAGUCUCAAAGAACUGAGUGGAGUUAGUUUUUUGUUAGUUAACACUAACCCAUCUAUUAGGCUAAUAUGCCCUUCGAAGUUUGACUUAGGUAGAAUAAGCAAACACAUUAUUGAUAAAUAUAUACCUACACUUAGGAACAUGAUAAAACUAAAUCUCUGGUCCAGUUCGUAUGAGGUAAUCGAUUGGUUUGACAGUAUUAUAGCAAAGAAAAUUAAAUUCAUACAGUUGGAUAUAUCCAGCUUCUAUGCCUCUGUUAACUCCAUCCUCCUCAACAAAGCAUUUAAAUAUUCAAUGAAAACUCUGAGCUAAUUCAAGAAGAAGUAUAUGUAAUAUUAGCUGCUAGAAAGUCAGUUAUUAAAUUUGAAGGAAAGUACUGGUUGAGAAAGGAUAGGCUGGACAUGUUCGACAGAACAAUGGGAUUGACUGACUCUGCCUGGGUAACUGAUCUGGUAGAAAUUUAUAUAUUUAUACAUGUGAACUUUUCAUAUUCCCUGUUAACUCUGCAAGCAUAUGUGAUGUAGUCAUCCUUGUUGUUCUUUUCUAGGCACAAACAUUUCCAAUGUAUAUUGAACAAUAAGCUUCCCUCAAUAAAAAUUUUACACAAUAUGAUUAUUGUAUCUUUUAAAGUUUAUGUCAGAAGGUUUUUUCAGGAGCAUAAUUGCUGUAAUGUUCAUGUUCUCCUGCUGCCAGUUUUCUCAAGAUUAAACAUAUUUUCAUAUCAUCA